AUGGCGUACUGGUAUUUUGAAAACAGUAUUAAGAAGAGUGUGGGGGGGGAGCCCUACACCUGCGACCCGCACCUAUUGGACAGGUGCCUUGAAUGCUGCAUCAAAUGCCUGGGUGGGAUUCCGUACCCAUCCCUGAUAGCCACCAUCUUGCUGUAUGCCGGCGUGGCUCUGUUCUGCGGCUGCGGACAUGAGGCCCUCUCCGGCACCGUCACCAUCCUGCAGAACUACUUCGAGGUGAUGAGGAGCCCCGUGGAUGCACUGGAUGUGUUCACCAUGAUUGACAUCAUAAAGUACGUGAUCUACGGCAUCGCCUCAGCUUUCUUCGUGUAUGGCAUCCUGCUGAUGGUGGAGGGCUUCUUCACCAGUGGAGCCAUCAAGGACCUGUAUGGAGACUUCAAGAUCACCACCUGCGGACGCUGUGUCAGCGCUUGGUUCAUCAUGCUGACAUACAUCUUCAUGCUGGCCUGGCUCGGAGUCACUGCUUUCACCUCCCUGCCGGUCUUCAUAUACUUCAACAUCUGGAACAUCUGCCAAAACGCUACCGUGCUGGAAGGGGCCACACUCUGCCUGGACCCACGCCAGUAUGGAAUCGUGCCAAUCGCCGAGGCCAAAACCGUGUGUGCUGGAUCGGAGAAAUUCUUCAAGAUGUGUGAAUCCAAUGAGCUCGACAUGACGUUCCACUUGUUCAUCUGUGCCCUCGCUGGAGCAGGAGCUGCUGUUAUUGCUAUGAUCCACUACCUGAUGGUGCUGUCCGCCAACUGGGCCUACGUGAAGGACGCCUGCCGAAUGCAGAAGUACGAGGACAUCAAGUCGAAGGAGGAGCAGGAGCUUCACGACAUCCACUCCACCCGCUCCAAGGAGCGUCUCAACGCCUACACAUAA